UGGAAAGUAAUUCACCCCUCUAAAUAUUACUACACUGUGAACCCAUUGAACCCAACUGUUCCUUGUCUCGGUUACUAGCAGGUGACGCCUUCAUGUUAAUAUUUGCUGGCUGACAAAGGCUUUGAUUGAUGCCCUCUUACUCGGGCUGGGGCGAUGAUGUGUGGAGCUGGUGAAGAGGGAGUACGUGUCUCGCCGACGAAGUUAUUGCGGAUGGACAGGGUCUGGAUCAAGGGAGUGAAAUGCAAUGCAGAAAGUCGGCUCAUGCUGGGAAACUCUAGGCUGCUGGAGUUGGUUGUGGUGGAGUGGAGAGGUCAAUGCUGAGGGGGCUGGGUUAGGCCGGCCCUACUUUGGAGACGGGGGUAAACAAGAGGAGGUGGCUGAGAAGCAAGCAGCUGUGGAUGAAACUCGAGGGAGAUGGCGGAGGAAGGAUUCGGAUGCAGAUGCAAGAUGCAAGAUAACAAAAUGUUGGAUGCCUGGAGGAGCACAAACAUGUAAGUAAGGGA